AAGGCCUCUCUCCAAGUGCUAUGCACUCUCCUAUCUCGCGUUCGAUGCGCGGGAAUCCGAAUGCCUCUGAUGAAGAACACCACGAUCUGAUAGGACUGUCUCCUCGCCGCCCCGAAACACCCAUCGAAGAACAAUAUGGCUAUUCUUUUCAGGAAACCAGAAAAAUGUCUACAAACGACGAACAUAGGGCUUUCCUUGCCCCAAGCAUGUUGAACAUCUCUGGUCAACAGUCUUUACACCCCAACUCCGUCUCAGAGGUAUCCUCGCCGGACUCGGAACAAGAGCUUUCCAAGCAAAUGACCUCGAAGCUUACCGAGAACGAAUUCGCGAAUCAGAAACAGCCAAAUACACCACCAGACAGCGGGUUAACCAUAGAAUGGAUAUGGUCAGUGUGGUGGGUGGAGAUGUUCAGCAGCGUUCUAGCCCUGGAGUGCAUCUCUGCCAUAAUGAUUAUUCUGUCCAUUUACCGAGGACAACCUCUUCCACACUGGCCCAAGCUCAUAUCAAUCAACUCCUUAAUCGCCGUCUUCACGGCCGUUUUCAAAGCUGCACUCAUACUUCCUGUUGCCGAAGGCCUGGGACAGCUGAAAUGGAACUGGUUCGAUCGAUCUCAAACGCUGGGCGACCUCGUUCUUUUUGACAAUGCGAGUCGAGGGCCGUGGGGCUCAUUACUACUGAUGAAGAGAUACAUCCUGAGGCCGAGUAUUAGAGGAUACUUGGCAGGACUUGGUGCAUUCAUCACUGUUGCAGCCCUCGCCAUCGAUGCUUUCUCUCAGGCCACCAUCAGCCUCGGCUCUUGUAAUAUCACGGCAGAAUCUGGUCUAGCCCAAGUGCCUCGGACGAACAACUAUUCGGGCAAUCCCCAACGGCGCGACAGCUCCCUUGAUGCUGCCCCUAUAACCCUGAAUCAGAAAAUGCGGAAGGCUAUCAACAAAGGUCUUGUGGAUCCUCCAAAGGCUGGAGAACUCAUCAACUUCGACUGCACCUCUCGCAACUGCACUUUCACGCAAGAUGGCGGAGGAGGCUACUUCUCGUCUCUUGGAAUCUGUUACUCUUGUGACGACAUAACGGACCAAGCUGUCUUGAAGUUCUUCACCAACAAAUCGGCUCCAGCUAUCAACGUCUCGAUGUGGUCCCUUCCAUGGAGUAAAAACACAUCUGAGACGAUCCUCCAGCGCGAAAACGGUGGCACACUUCUGACGAUGAGGCCGACACCCAUCCAGACAUACCAUAACAGCUCGCCUCCCAUCUACAGCUUCGACAUUUUGUCGCUCACAUAUUCCAAGUGUGAUUCAUGCGGGCCUGGAAAUCCACCGGUGGCCAGGAAACCCUUUGCAGCUCAGUGCAGAAUUGACCCCUGCGUCAGGAAGUACAAUGCCACCGUCACUGAUGGAGUUUACACGGAAAAGGUUGAGGGUGACGUUCAGCUUCUGAAGAGACGCCGCGCAACUUUGGGUGACUCCAAAAAUGAAAAUGCCUUCGCACUACUUACGGAAUCUGUUUUGGUUGAUGGCACUGAGCGAAAGUGCAAAGUAGACGAAAGGGCGAACAAUUCCGUUCGAGUUGGCCUCCAGCAGGAUGAUCAUUUCCAAGAGAUCUUUGAUAACUCUAGCGAGAUCUCCCACUCAGAGAAUCUGAUCUGGAAGACAUAUCCGCAAGAAUGCGUCUGGGUAGUAGACCGGAACUCUUGGCAGGGGAUGAGGGAGACAAUGACUGAGCUUCUGAGUGGCAGAGUGAUGACACCAGAGGCCGACUCGUUUCAAUGGUUAAAUGGUUCCGUCUGGGGUCAGCAGCUGUUUGCAGCGGGAAACGCUUCGAUCUCUACGGUCAACAAUCUGGUUGCCGGGCUGGCCGAUUCAAUGACGGCUACCAUACGUAAUGAUCCGUAUGGAACCUCAGAAGAGUUGGGUGAGAACGUACCUGCUAAUCUCAAGGUGGCUACUGGACGUGUCAUUAUCACCCAAACAUGUAUUUAUGUGCAAUGGGGCUAUAUAGCAUACCCCAUAGCGCUUCUUGCUCUGCAGUGGAUAUUUUCGACGCUGGUGUUGAUUGCGUGCAGUCAGCGCAGAAGGACCGGGGACGGGCCAGACCGCGCAGUCUGGAAGUCCUCCCCACUGGCACUUUUAUUCCACGGCCUUGAUGAGGAUCUGUGCGUCAGGAGCCAAAAUCUGGAGACUGUCAGGCAGAUGAACAGCUUAGCAGACGAUGUCAAGGUUCGGUUAGUGCCGAUGAAGGAUUCGCAACGGAAAGGAUGGCACUUCGCAGGUGCCUAGACGAUAUAUAAUUAUAUAUCAUGUAGUAAUAAUACCGAGACGGCCGAAUUAGAUCC